CAUUUAUAUUUCGAUCAUCAAAUUAGUUAUCCCAUUCGCAAAUAACUGUGUCUGCGUAUUUGAAAAAAAAAAAAAACAAAUUAGCACACUCAGCGUAUUCUUUCAAUUAAAAAAGAUUUGAUUAGUGCUUUAAACUUUGUAAAAAAAAAUGACAGGCCGCAAAUCAUCUGCUAUUUUACGCAUGAAACGAGAUUAUUUGAACCUUAAAAAAGAUCCAGUUCCGUAUAUCACAGCUGAACCCCUGCCAUCCAAUAUACUCGAAUGGCAUUACGUUGUCAAAGGUCCUGAAGAUACACCAUAUAAAGGUGGUUAUUAUCAUGGUACACUUUUAUUUCCACGUGAAUUUCCGUUCAAGCCGCCUUCGAUUUAUAUGCAUACUCCAAAUGGUCGAUUCAAAACAAACACGCGACUAUGUUUGAGUAUAUCAGAUUAUCAUCCGGACACUUGGAAUCCAACGUGGUCUGUUGGGACGAUAUUAACUGGAUUGCUAAGUUUCAUGUUGGAAAAUACUUUUACCAUGGGUUCGGUGGAAAGCCUUCUAUAUGAAAAGAAACAAUACGCAAAGAAAUCACUAGUUUUCAAUUUGAAAAAUCCAAUUUUUAGAGAAUUAUUUCCUCACAUAUGCGAUGAAAUCAAUUGUCAUUUGAAAAAACAACAAGAACUGCUAGAAGCUUCCAGCGCUGGUAGCAGAUUAACUGUAUGCCCUAAUUCAGCAGGUGAAAUAUCAGGAGUUAAUAUUAAUAUUAAUUUCGGCAACAGUCGUGGAAUUGGAAGUGGUACCGAUGGGCAGGGUGCCAUUACGGAUAUUGAAUUCAACGAAAAUUCCAAAAAAUUUAAUAUCAAUCAAAUACACCGAAAUAAUAAGAAUUCGUGUUGCAAUUGGUAUUCGAUAUAUUUAUAUAUAAUAGCAAUCAUAAGUUUUGCAAUGUUUGCUCUGAUUGUAAAUUACAUGAUUACAAAUUUAAACUAAAAAUCAGAACCGUAGAAAGAAAUCCAACGCUGCACUAUCUAAAUUCAAUCAUAUAUUAAAGAAAAAGAUCAGCCUUUGUAUUUGUUCAAUGUGAUGUUUAAUAAAUACUAAAUCUUUUG